CAGCGUUCUGUUUGUGCUGAGGCGGGAAAUGGCGUCCGAAGACACGGCUGUUCUGCGACUUUAGCCACUGAGAGACGGACACAGCUGGCGGAAACAAGCACGGCUCGACCUCCAAACGGCGGCCGCCACGGUCGACACUGACAACGCCCUGUCGGAUUUUUUUUUUUACGAGCAUCCGAAGUGAUCGGUUUUUCUAUGUGACUCCGGAGCAUGAUGAGGCUGAGAGUGCGUAAAGCUCCUCAGCAGCCAAACAAAGGCCACCGAACGCACCCGUCCCUGGCCAAACGAAAACACAGAGAGGUGGAGCCGUCCCCGCCGAGAGGCCGAGGCAAAAUGCAGAAAAAUGAAACUGGGCUCCUCUCCACCAUAAAGAAGUUUAUCCGUGGGAAUGCUGUGAAGGUGGAGCAGGAAAUCCCGGCCAAGCGAAGUCGCAUUGAUUGUAAUUCAGACGAUGAGCUCAUUACUUCAACGCCUCAGACCCGGGGUCUGGCCAACAAGUCCGUGUCAAGAGUUUGCAGAAAAACUCAAAGUAAAGACGCAACGACCUGCAACAGUAAACCUAUGAAACCAAAUGGUAAACUGGAGGCUACAGUAGACUCACCGAGCAGCCCGCCACGCACAACCCUCCUGGGAACCAUCUUCUCUCCAGUUUUCAACUUUUUCUCACCAGCAACUAAAACUGCCACUCCAGGCUCAGAUUCACCGGGCCAAGCCGUGGAGGCGGAGGAAAUCAUUAAACAGCUGGACAUCGAGCAGGCAGAAGAAAUGCCAAGCAGUACUCUGACAUCCAGGGAUGGAAUCACUCCGUGUCACACCAUCCAGAUGUCGCCUCAGAGGCUUCAGAUCCCCUCCGAGACGACCAUCGAAGAAGGAGAAAUCGUCACUGAAACGGACAUACCCCCAUUAACAGCUCCUGGGUGUAUGCCAGAUGGCAGCUACCAACACUCUUUACCUUCAGCACCUGCAGAAACCUCGUAUGAGGAGGACUGGGAGGUUUUCGACCCGUACUUCUUCAUCAAGCAUGUGCCUCCGCUGACAGAAGAACAGUUAACGCGUAAACCAGCUUUACCUUUGAAAACACGCAGCACACCUGAGUUCUCGCUGGUCUUGGAUCUGGAUGAAACCUUAGUCCACUGCAGUCUGAAUGAAUUAGAAGAUGCAGCCCUGACAUUCCCUGUGCUCUUUCAGGAUGUAAUCUACCAGGUCUAUGUCCGAUUGAGGCCCUUUUUCCGAGAGUUUCUUGAGCGCAUGUCUCAGUUGUACGAGAUUAUUCUCUUCACUGCUUCAAAAAAAGUCUAUGCAGAUAAGUUGCUCAACAUACUGGAUCCGAAAAAACAGCUAGUAAGACAUAGACUGUUUCGGGAGCACUGUGUUUGUGUUCAAGGAAAUUAUAUCAAAGACCUGAACAUUCUCGGACGGGAUCUGGCAAAGACGGUCAUAAUCGACAACUCCCCCCAAGCCUUUGCCUAUCAGCUAACUAAUGGAAUCCCAAUCGAAAGCUGGUUUGUGGAUAGAAACGACAAUGAGCUUUUAAAGCUCAUUCCUUUCCUUGAGAAGCUGGUGGAGCUGAACGAAGACGUCAGACCGCACAUCAGAGAACAGUUCCGUUUGCACGACCUCCUUCCUCCAGACUGAGGAUCCUCCGUUCAUGCGUCACUUCAACAUUGUUUGUGGGAAAGACUCGGCAGAAGGAGAUGUUCAGUGGUUUUCUGUUUGCGUAAACAUUGCCAUAGCUAAAAAAAAAAAAAGAAGAA